AUGAAUCAGUCUAGUGAGCAUUUCUGCUUGCAUAACCCAGAUCAAGACAAAGAAGUACGUCCAGAUGUCACAUGUAUGGCCACGAGGUCUAUGGAGGGACAUUCUAGUUUGGAUCCCAAGUAUCUCCAAAAGUUUUCCUCUUUCAGACGUCUGACCAAGACUGUAAGCAACUUGCAACAUGUCUGCAAAUCGUUAAACAAAUCGUGCGAGUGUGUUGGUUGGCAUCUCUGUCCAGAAGCCUCUUCAGCAGAAAAUGUUGAGAGCGCCCAGUGUUUGAUAUUCCGAACUUUCCAGAAGGAAUCAUACCCUAAAGAGAUAGACUGUCUGAAAGAAGGCAUUCCCAUUCCUGCAAGUAGUCCUCUUCUGUCUCUAAAUCCCUUCUUAGAUGAAAAGGGUGUUCUUAGAGUGGGAGGAAGGCUAAGAAACUCAAAAUUGCCAACCCCAGAAAGAAACCCUAUCAUCGUCCAUGGUAGAAGUUAUCUAGCCUUGCUCUUGAUUCGUCACUUUCAUGAAAAAGUUUUGCACCAAGGUAGACAUUUCACAGAAGGCGCUGUUAGGGAAGGUGGAUUUUGGGUCACAGGUGGCAAGAAACAGGUUUCUUCCUAUAUCUAUAGUUGUGUUCUCUGUCGCAAACUCAGAUCAAAAAGUCAAACUCAGCUCAUGGCGGAUUUGCCCGCUGAUCGCCUCACUCCAGCCCCUCCUUUCACGUAUGUAGGAGUAGAUGUAUUUGGUCCCUGGAAUGUGGUCACAAGGAAGACAAGAGGUGGUCAGUCCACCAAUAAACGGUGGGCAGUUUUAUUCACAUGUCUCACGAUAAGAGCUGUGCAUGUUGAAUUGGUGGAAGAAAUGUCUUCUUCCGCAUUCAUCAAUGCAUUGAGACGCUUCAUCUCUAUUCGUGGGAAUGUUUUACAAUUCAGGUCUGACCGGGGCACCAAUUUUGUGGGUGCCACAUCUGAUUUAGGGGUUGACGCUGUCAACAUAGAAGAUCAGCGUGUAAAGGGUCUCCUAGAGGAGAAAGGCACAACUUGGGUCUUCAAUCCUCCACAUGCUUCCCACAUGGGAGGUGUCUGGGAGCGUAUGAUUGGUGUAGUGAGAAGAGCCCUAGAUUCCAUACUCACCGGCCAUAAGCUUCAAAACCUCACUCAUGAUGUACUUGCUACUUUAAUGGCCGAGGUGUGUGCUAUUGUUAAUGCACGACCACUAGUGCCUGUGUCACAUGAUGCAGAAGCACCGGAAAUUCUGAGUCCUUCCAUGCUGUUGACCCAAAAGUCAUCCUCGCCUAUCUCUUUCAAUGAAAACUUGUCCAUCAAAGACAUUUACCGAGCCGAGUGGAAAAGGGUCCAGGUACUUGCAGACCAAUUCUGGGCUAGAUGGAAAUCAGAAUUUCUGAAUAUGCUUCAGAACAGGCAAAAGUGGGUCACUUCAAAACCAAAUCUCAAGGUUGGGGAUGUAGUUUUGCUCAAGGACAGUUCAACCACUAGAAAUCAGUGGCCUUUGGCAGUAGUUGUUGAGGUAUACUUUAGCACUGACGAAAAAGUCCGAACCGUUCAAGUGAGGUCUGUAAGUGAUGGAAAGUCGAGUUUGUUUGUUCGACCUAUUACAAAACUCGUUCUGCUUUUAAGCGAGUAG